AUGCCACUGCAACUACUCGACCUUCCCCCGCGAGCUCCUUCUCCUUUGCUUCUCGUACCUGCCUCUCGUGGACAUCGUCGCAUGUUUGCGGCUGCCCAACUUGGCGCUCACCAGGCUAAUCCUCGAGGCACCGGCGAUCCAGUUCCGCAUCGAGCAGAACGCGUAUGCCGUGACGGAGACCGUGUAUGGCGAGGCGGGGCCGCUCUUCCGGCGGCGGAAGGCACUGAGGGAGCGGGAGGAGCGGUGGCGGAUGUUUGCACCGCGCCACCGUCUGGUGGCGAAGACGCGGCGCGAGUGGUUGCGGGCACGAUGCUAGGUGAUACCGUGGAGUAUACAUUUCUCAGCGUCAACGACACAGAGCCGGUGUGGCUGCAGCCGGCGGGAAUCACGGAGCCAGUGUUGGACAUAUGCGUGGUAUCAGAGUGGGAUCUCUUGGUGGUGGUUACCUUCUCGGAGGGCAAUGACAGAAUGUGCACGAUGGCCGUACACUUGCGGCAACUGUCGACUGGGGCAGUGUGGGAGGGACCGGCGAAGCCGAUUGACUUGGCUGAAGUGCCCACAAGGUACGGCUUACCAGACAUCAGGGUGGAAGUGGCGGGGUCCACGCUGGCCAUCGCGUGCUACUUCAUGGAAGGCGAGAACGACCAGGAUCUGCUGCACCUGAUUCACUGGCCAUCCGGGCACGCAUUCGCGGAUGCGAUCCCGUGCCCGCUGACGGGAUUUGUGUUCGUCCACGACGCGCUCCUCCUCGUUCCGAACUCGCACACGCACUGUCUCGACGUGCUCGCCCUCAACGCCGGUCCGGACGGCAAUACUGCCGGCUGGAUGCUCUCCUUCGGCCUCCCGGCCAUGCGUGCCGGCCACCUUAUCCUCUGGCACACCCUCGAGUGCCGUGGCCAGCCCAACCCACGCACCCACCUCGUUGACCUCCGCCCCGCACCCGCCCAGACCCGCACCCCGUUCCGGCCCGAGCCGGGAGAGUCACCCAUCUUCCUCAUGUUCGACACCUUUACGGCGGCGACGGAGAGCGCUGAUGCAUAUGACGCCGAGCCGGGGCAGACCGUCGUCGUCAUCGACCGCAUGCGGCUUCAGGAGUGCUUCCAGGAGGCCUAUCGGCACCUGGAGAACGGCGCGCCGCUUGUGGAGGUGCCGUUUGCGGACUGGGGUCCUCGCGCAUCAACGUGGCUGGACGCGGGGCCCCGCGGGCUGGGGCUCUCGGGCUAUGCGGUCACGGGGUGCGUCGGCACGCGGUUUGCGGCGCUCGGCGCGGGGGCGGAUCCGGCGGGCCCGAAGCACGUGCGGAUCCUGGAUUUCAACGAGACGGGCGUGGCACGCGUCAGCAAGCAGCUCGCGGCCACGCGGUCGGACGUUGUCGAGGCCCCCCACGCGACGAUUCGUGUGCAGCCGCCCGGCGCUGGCGUGGCCCAGGAAGACGGCGUUUUCGCGGAGCCUCUCGGGGCAGCGCUCGGCUAUGUGGACAUCACAUCGCGGGAGGCGGUCGACUGGGAGGGCGUGCAUAUGAGCAAUGCGUGUAUUUUGGGGGAGAAGUACUCGGAUGUGGAUGGAGAGAGGGAGCUGCAUGUGCUGUACUUUGGUUGA